UCUGAACGUGCCCUGUCAGUUUCUUUCAGCUCAAACCCACACAAGAAGCCGGAGGAAAGAAGGAAGCUUUAAUUAAUUAACGUCCUGCAAUGCUGCCUAUUUCUGUUCCUCUCCUCGCUCUACUAGUGUUAGCUCUACUGGGCCAGUUCGUCUGGUCUUCCACUCCACAGGAAUCAUCAGCUCUAGGCUCACAGCAGCCAGACAUCUCCAGCUUACAUCACCCAACCUGGACAGUGGGGGUUCAGUUCUACAGGUCACUCUGCACUGACAGUUCUCAAACCAACACCAUUAUCUCUCCUCUUCUGUUAGCCAACUCCCUGCUAGCUUUAGGUGGUGGAGCUAAAGGGUCUACAGCAUGCCAGUUUCACAGUCUCUUGAGGACCACCAAAAAUGAGAAGACAGUCAAAGAAGCUUUGAAACCUGUACGAGAUUCUAAUGGAACCAGCUGUACAUUGCACAGCUCUUCUGUACUGUUUUCCAAAAAAGCUAAACUGGACAAGGGCUUUCUGGACAAGCUCCGGGCCCAGUUUGGGUUGUCCCUGGAGGUUGGAAAGAAGCAUAGUGACAUGGAGCAGCUUCAGUCCUGGGCUAAACGGGGAAUGGGUGGAGAGGAGACAGCAGCUCUGAACGAGGGCUUGGAGACCAAAGCUGGUGCCAUGAUCCAUGCCAAUGCACUGCAAUUUAAAGGUUUAUGGGAUUGUGGCUUUAACCAAGAAAACCAAGACAUUCUCAUCUUCCUGGGUACCAAAUACACUAAAGUUCUCAUGAUGCACAGAUCAGGUGUCAACCGUCUCUAUGAGGACAUGAAGAACAUGGUACAGGUGAUAGAGCUAAGUCUUUGGGAGGGGAAAGCCAGCAUGGUGCUGCUUUUGCCCUUCCAUGUGGAGAGUUUGACUCGACUGGACCUACUGUUGUCCCUGGAACAGCUAGAGAGGUGACUGGCCAAUCUAAGCUCCAAAAGUAUGGCACUGUCCCUCCCUAGAGCAAAGCUCAGCAGCGCAGUCAAUCUUCAGAAACAGCUAGCUGCGCUGGGCCUGGUGGAUGUGUGGAGCAAGACAUCGGCUGAUUUCUCUGCUGUGUCAAGCCUGGGAAAGGGGAAGCUCCACUUGGGAGCUGUGCUGCACUGGACAUCCCUUGAACUGACCCAGGAGUCAGGCAGCAAGGACAGUAUGCAUGAGGACAAGCAUGUGGAGAAGCAAAAACUCUUCUAUGCUGAUCAUUCCUUCAUUAUACUAAUCAGGGACAACAAUACUGAGGCAUUGCUCAUGAUAGGUGCUCUGGAACAGACUGAGGGCUCUGCAAUUCAUGAUGAGCUGUAGAGUCCAAACGGUUUACGUUCUGGCAUUGACAAUCAGCUGAAGAGCCAAUAUGGCUGACCUUUGGCUAUUGACAAUAAUCCAUCCCAUUUAUUCACAACAAAAGUCUUUCAUCUGUUAGUUUUGUGUUAUGUGUUGCAUUUUCCAUUACUUACUUUCAGAGAUCUGUUUGGGAUAGGGUGACAUUAAUCAAUGAACUCCACAUAAUUCCGCAGAAAGCUUUGCAGAUUUCUUUCUGAAUUGGAACACCCUUCAUUCACCAAGUUCUUCUCAUUCCCCCAACUUGAAUGUUAUUAUAAUUUUUUUUUUAAUAUAUUUUGCCUAAUUGAUAAAGCACACACAGCUCACAGUUUAACACUGUCCUAAGCAAGCUCGACAGGAUAAAGGACAGGUGAUACAAGAUAUCACUUCCUUGUAAAUUCCUUGAGUUUUUGUCCUUGCCAGCCAUGAUCAUGACAACGGAAAUGGCAAUUUUUCAAUCACUUGGUUUCUAUUUAUGCUGUUAUGCCGGGAAGCCCCACCCACAAUGAAAUCUCAUUGGUCCAAAAUCCCAUUUUGCCCUCAUGUCUAGAGGGUCCAGUAUAAAGUGCUUGUGGUCAGCUGAGACAAGAACAUGUUCUAACUGGCUGUGAUUAUGUUGCGUCAUAAGGCAUUUUUGCUUUCAGUUUGGACUAUAGCUGGUCGAUAUGUAAAAAAUAUUUUAGCGAUAAUUGCCUUAAAAAAUAUUGUGAUAUUCGAUUACAUCUUCAACACCCUGCCGAGGGUUGGUGAAAUUAUUUGCUUUACUGAUUUUGCUUUAAAAAUUCCAUUCAUUUAUUGAAACACAAAAAACAAACAAAAGACAUUUCUAAAUUCAAAUUGCACUUUAAAUUAAACUAAAAAACCAAUGAAAAACAAGUAAUAAAAAAAUCGUAUUUAACCAACUCCCCAAAUCCAAACAUUUACCAUCUCCAACGGCUCCAUUUGCCAUCACGCAAGCAUCCAUCAAUGACAACAGGUGGAAAAUUACCUACAGAUUAAGAACUAAAGACAACCAUAAAUGUAAAGGUAAUAAUAAUCAAUAAUAAAGCCUAA